AUGCUGGCUGGGCUCUCACACCUCGCACGCUUCCUGCGACUGCAGCAGCAAGCACAGGAACCGGAAGCACAGCUGCUAGAAGUUCAGCAGCGGGAGGCAGAGGCAAAGACAGAGGCAGAGGCAGAAGCAGGGGCAGAGGCAGAGGCAAGGGCAGGGGCAGGGGCAGGGGAAGCGGUGCUGUCAACCGGGGCAAUGGCGAGGUUGCAGAUGGGGGGGAGCAGCAAGGGCGAGAGGCAGCAGCUCAUGGCUCUCCUGCGGGCGCUCAAGCAGGCGGAGGAGCCGCAGCUGUCGCAGCAAUCCAGGCGGAAACGGAAGCACAAGGAGAAUCUGAAGCAGGAGGAGAAGGAGAAGCAGAGCCUAUGCAACUGGCAGAAGGGGCAGAGGGCAGUGAGUCAAGAGCAGCCAGGGUUCCCCCAGGCACCGAAAGUGCAACAGCAGCCGCAGGAGCAGCAGCAGCAGCAGCAGCAGCUGGACGGAGGGGAGGAGGAGCACUGGCUUUCAGCCUUCUCGGCUCUUCCAGAGGCCGGAGCAUCAGCAAAGCAAGUGGAGACCGCCCUUGCUUCCACGUUUGCUCCCAGAUACGGUCCAGAUGGCACUGAGCGAUUGGCUCGUGGUGGAGGCGGGUGGGGGCGCAUGGGAAAACGUGCUGGGGAGAGGAACAGCAGCCAUGGUGGCAGUGAUGGCGGUAGCGGUGGUGGUGGCGGUAUUGGAAGUGGCAGCAGUCACCCCAAGUUUGCUCUGCAUGGCAGUGCCACCAACCCCAGCAGUGCCAUGAGUACCCCAGCAGCGGUCCGCAAUAGCCACGUGACAGCAGGCACAAACGGCAUCAUCAGCAGUAGCCUUUUCAGCAGCACUGCCACCAACUCAGCGAACGAUGCUGGUAAAAGGAGAAAAAGGCCAAGCCCAGGGGGUCCCUCUGGCCGCGCUACAGUCGCUCACACGCCGCAGCAGCACCCCAGCCAGACCCCCCGUGCCUGCUACAUCCGGAGCGCGCUCGGGCCGGCCAGUGCCUCGUUUGUUCAGCCGAACCCAGAGGAACCCCCUGCCGUAGGGGCGUCUAUCCUUGGCGCUGCCAUGAUUGUAGACCCUCAUAUCCCGGUGCCAGAUGUGAGGGGCAACCAGAAGGGUGUGCUGGAAGGCGUUUGCACAAGGGAAUACGACGUGGCUUUAGAGCCGACUCAAAAGUCGCCUCGGGAUGAGCGUGCACGUGCGGUGAGGUUUGAGAGCGAGACCAACGGGCGCGCAUACCACAUGCACGACGAGUGCUAUGCGGACGAUGCUUUGGAUUAUCCCAAGGGCCGCGAGCACUGCAACACUCAAGGCGAGUGCAGCCCGGACGACGGGUGGUUGCCUCGGUGCCAAGGCAUCCGGGGUGGUUCGGCGCCGAACCAGAGGAUCAAGAGGCGCAGCAUGGCAGAGCGGCGGAGGAGGGAGAGGAUCAGUGAGGGGCUGCAGAGGCUGAGGGCAAAGGUUAUCGUGACAGCUGCUGGCUCUGGGAGGAACGUUCUCCCCGGUCAUGCGUUUGCCAGUGGUGGUGCUUUUGACGGAAAUUCUUCUGCUAAUGAUGCAGUGGCGCUGAGGGCGACACCGGGUGCUGCAGUGGCAUCGGUUUCUAACGGCCUUGGGAGUGCCGCUGCUGCGGGCUGGCCUUGGGAGUGA